GACGCUAAAAUGCCACUCCCGUGACGUCAGUGGGCUGAGGCGGAAGAAGAGCGUAGAGGAAAUAUCGAGUUGAAGCGACAGUGUUAGGCGGCUGCUCGUGUAGGCUGACUCAUUUUCUGUCAGGAUGGAUCUGUUGUUUGGGCGCCGGAAGACCCCAGAGGAGAUGCUACGGCAAAAUCAACGGGCUCUGAAUCGUGCCAUGCGAGAAUUAGACCGUGAGCGGCAGAAACUGGAGACCCAGGAGAAAAAGAUCAUUGCUGACAUCAAGAAAAUGGCCAAGCAAGGGCAGAUGGAUGCUGUGAAAAUCAUGGCUAAAGAUCUGGUGCGAACAAGGCGCUAUGUCAAGAAAUUCGUCCUGAUGAGGGCUAAUAUCCAGGCUGUGUCCCUUAAGAUACAGACACUCAAAUCAAACAACUCCAUGGCUCAGGCAAUGAAAGGUGUCACCAAAGCCAUGGCUACCAUGAACAGACAGCUCAAGUUGCCUCAAAUUCAGAAGAUCAUGAUGGAGUUUGAAAAGCAGUCAGAGAUCAUGGAAAUGAAGGAAGAGAUGAUGAAUGAUGCUAUUGAUGAUGCGAUGGGAGAUGAAGAGGAUGAGGAGGAAAGUGAUGCUGUUGUCUCCCAGGUGUUGGAUGAGCUAGGUCUGACAUUGACCGAUGAGCUGUCAAAUUUGCCUUCCACGGGUGGUUCUUUGAGUGUGGCAGGAGGAAAGAAAGCUGAAGCCUCCGCAGCCCUCGCUGACGCAGAUGCCGAUUUGGAGGAGCGGUUAAAGAACCUACGGCGAGACUAGAAGAGCAGUGCCCAGCUCCCUUGCCCUCCCCUAGCAUGGGUGCCCUCCAGACACUACUGGUGUUAGGAUUGCAACUCUGCUGUGUCAGGGAGUCCUAGCUUUGUAAGCUUGUGGGGUUGACCGUGGGUGGCAUAAUUGGGGGAAAGAAGGGUUAAACCAAACCAUGUGGUGCUUUUAUAUUCCCCUUUAAUUUGAAAGGACUUUCAGCAUCACUUGGCAAAAGUAUAAGGUAAAAUAUUUUUUUCACACUACCAUAAAAUGCUUCCAUUUCCAUGAGGCCGAAUAGCCUGGGAUCUAAAGGAAGGGGGGGGGGAGGGCAGGAGUGGGUGCCAUUCCCUAUUUAAUACCCCAUGUUCUUUUGGUGAUAAUGGCAAGGUGCGGGGGGGGGGGGCGAAAAGGGAGAACAACAAGCUGUACUGUGACUGAUAUCUCUGCCACUAAGAAGUGGCCAAGGACUUUAUUAUUCUUUUUCCCAGUAAAGCUUUAUAUAAAACCCUGUCCCUAGAGGCAGGCAAAUACAUAGGCAGGCUGGCCUCCACGUUUGAUUCUUUGUCUCUUGUAAUAAAGGUUGUAGUUUAUACUAAGAGUUCCUCUGGCAUCUGCUCUUGCCCCUGAAAUGGAACAAACUGAAACUGUCCCCUGACAACUCUAGUCCUAAGACAUUUGUCUCUCUUUGUUGUGCAUCUGGGAACUUUUGGAGCAGGGCAUGUUUUAUGUGAGAAAUGUAGGCAGAUUUCCUUGGUUCUAAACAUUUCCCUUUGAGUCUGGGAGUAUAUGAAGAGCAUUGUAAGUGUCCUCUUAUGCUCUACCUAUGUUUGAAACUAUGGACCCAGUUAGUGAGUUGUAGAUAAAAUAGGCGGGUUAAAGCAAAAGGAAGACUCAUACAGUUUAAUUUUGAAUAGAGAGCACUGAGGCAAUACCUACUUAUACAGUGCAAAAUUAAGCUAUGGAAUUCCUUUCAGCAGGAUGAAGUGAUAGCUUUAACUUUCAAUGCAAGGGAAUUUAUUUGUCUUCUCUAAAUUUGGAUGUUAAAUCCAGCAAUCCUGAUAGCUGUGUGGUGACAUCA